AUGACCGACAGCGGCAAGUGUGCGUUCGUAUUGGACAUCGAGCUGGUGUACAACACCGAUGGCAGUGCGACGAUGUGCCAACGACGCGUGUCCCAUGGGAGUAUUUGGCGAUACGACCCCUACUAA